CACUAACUGGCCAGGGAGGGACCAAUGCCCUCCAGGUGUCUUCCCUCCAAAAAGUCUAGCCUGUGGUAGACUAACGCAGUCGUCUGUCGAACUGCUUCUUGAACCCGGCGACAGACGUCCUUCUCGGCUUCUCUCGGUCUCACCUAUUAUACGAUGGGAGUUCACACGCCCAGUAGUUCACACACUGUUACUUCUGCUGCAAAUCAUGGUUUAAAGAGGAAGGAGGACUUUCAAUGUUGUCUGGUUUCUGUUCAGCUCACUGCAUGAACUGGAACCACAGACUAGAAGUCAGACCGGCUUCCUCCCAUGAAGUAACUUUUAACUUUUAUUUAUAUAGUUAACUAAAUCUAAUUAAUUGAGUCUUCCCUUUUUUAUCGUGUUUUUGACCUGCAGAAGUCCCCAGAACAACAGAGUGAGAGAGGAGAGGACUCGCUAUGAAUUUAAGAUCAGCUGCAAGAGGAUUUCUAACUUUCCUUCUGUCAGUACCAGUGCUUCAUGGUGAUGGUGACUGGAGAGUUACUUACUCAUCUAGUAAUGUCUGCGCUUUAAGGGGAGCAAUGGUUUACCUCAGCUGCACUUAUGAAUACCCUGACAACGUACAGUACCGCCCUGCCCCUAACCCAGUCAGAACACUGUGGUAUACUAAAGCAUCCAACAAGCAGCCAGUUGAUCUGGAACACGAUGCAGACUACACAGGUCGUUUUGAAUACAGCUGUGGAUCGGUCAGAUGUAUCAGGUCCAGAUGUCAUGGAACAUGUUCCCUGAGAAUCAAAGACCUGAGACAGAGUGACUCUGCUGUCUACAAGUUUAGGAUCACAACAAAUCAAGCAGGUGGGGAAUAUACUGGUGACCCUGGAGUGAAGUUAUCUGUAACAGAUCUCCAGGUGAAGGUGUCCUUUCCUCACCCUACCGAUCCUACCAGGGCAGAGUUGGAGUGUCACAGUAUGUGUGGCCUAGCAGGUGACCCUCCCUACAUCUGGUUCAGGAAUGGACAGAAUGUAGGACAGGGAGUGAACUACAGGGCCUACAUUCAGUCUGGAGACAGCUUCUCAUGUGCUGUUGAAGGAUACGAACUCCGCUCUCCUUUAGUGUAUGGGCCUCAACACACAUAUGUGUAUUCAAGUCCCUCUGGUGAAAUAGAGGAGGGCAGUUCAGUGACUCUGAGCUGCAGCAGUGAUGCCAACCCAGCAGCUGAGUACACCUGGUUCAAGAACAACCAACCUCUGCUCUGGGGACCAAGUCAACCUCAUACCUUCCCCUCAAUCCGCCCUGAAGACAGAGGAACAUACCGCUGUCACGCAGAGAACAAAUAUGGACAACUGAGCUCUAACUCAAUAUUCAUGGAUGUCCAGUUUUAG